AUGAUACUAGUAUCGUCUGCAUACAGAUACGGGGUCCCGCAAGGCAGACAGUCCGGCAAUUCCCCAACAAUACAGCACAUUCGCAAAGCGCGUUCCCUCGCCAGCACGCUCCUGAGCACCCGCGAGUUCAACGAGUCUCUCUUCGGCAUCAGCAAAGACGAUGAUGACGUCAUGAAAAUGAAGCUUUUCCGUCUGAUGUAUGAGUCAGUGAAAGAUAGCGACCUGAAAAUCAAGAGGGCGGAGCUGGUGAAGGCAGAUUACGAAAACUCCACGGGCUUUGAUUUAGGAUAUGUGUUUGGCGACGCGUCAGAUAAGAUGAACGUGAUGAUAGACAUAUCGAAGACCCUCAAGAGGAUGUAUGACGUGUGGAGGCCGGUGGAGCACGUCAAUGCGUACGAGCAGAUCGCCAAUCUGGCUAUAGAGGUGACUCAUCUUGCUGACAUGGUCCGUACGAUUGCCGGGCCGGACAAGACUCCUGGCCGCAACCAUUGAAAUCAAAUA